CAUGCGUACAAAUUUAUUUCUCAGUGCCCAGAAUCUAGAGAGAAGGGAAGGGGGAAAACAAGAAAAAAUACGGACAUUUUCUCAAGACUUACCAGUCUUUCCUUCUCCAUGAUUCCCUUCAAGCUUCUGCUUCAUCAAUCCUCUUCAUCGUUCUCUUUUCCCCCCAAUACACUUCUCUAUCUCUAUCGCACUCCACCUCAGUUUCCUAAUCCAGCCAUCCCUCCGCUACUCCACAAACCCACACUUUCCCUCCGACCCAAUCCCUUCUCUUUAUCAAUCCGUCUCUGCAACCCCGAUUUUAGAUUAUUUAAGGUUUCUAAAGCUGAGGCACCACUGGUUACUGGAAGCGAAGGAGGCUACACCAAAGGUUCACCGCAAGUCGAAGACUUGUCUCCGGAUGGCGCGGUCUAUCGGAAAACGCUGGCAUUGGUGGAGUGCUCCAUGUUCGCCGCGCUCACAGGCUUAGUUUACUUCUUGAGCAAUUCCCUCGCAAUUGAGAAUUACUUUGGGUGUGUCUUCUCGUUGCCAAUAGUAAUCUCCUCGAUGAGAUGGGGCAUUGCUGCCGGAAGGAAAACUAUGGUGGCAACGGUCAUGCUCUUACUAGUCUUGUCUGGUCCAGUCAAAGCUUUAACCUAUCUGCUUAAGCAUGGAAUAGUUGGCUUGACAAUGGGUGCUUUAUGGAGGUUGGGAGCAAAUUGGAGUCUUUCAAUUGUCUUGUGCACAAUUGUUCGAGCUGUUGGUGCUGUGGGUUAUGUCUUAAUAUCUUCAUUCUUGAUAAGGGAAAACAUAUUUGCUUUGAUUACAAUAAACAUUCAUGCUUCUCUAGCAUUCAUGUUCACUGCUUCGGGCCUUGGUACAAUUCCCUCAAUGAAUUUUAUAUAUGCCUUAUUUGCGACCCUGGUUUUACUGAACAGUGGGUGCUUCAUAUUCUUGCUCCACAUUUUGUAUUCUGUGUUCCUCACUAGACUUGGGAUGAAGGCUUCAUUGAGAUUGCCGAGGUGGAUAGAAAGGGCUAUAUAAGGAAUGACGGGGUCGUUUCUAAUUCAUAUACACCUUAUAGGAAAUGUAGUAGGAAAAAUCAAUAGCUCCUUUCUUCUGUUGUGGGAGGGGAUGUCGCUUGGGUUAGAUCAUUCAUUGUGUAUCCAAGUCCAUUCUUUAUACAACCUGUUAAAGCCAUUUGUAGACUGAAUUGGGAUUUACCUUUAAGUCACUGAUGUCAUCAAUACAAAAUGCAUUUGUGUAUUUUUUUUUUUU